CAAGCCCCGCCCCUCCUGUCAUGAGCUGCAAUAUGCGGAAGUAGCUCAGAACUUGUCAACAAGAAAGGCCGACUGACAUGGCCAAGUCUUCCUGAACGAAGCCUCCUGAAAUGGAGCUUAACUGACAUCUACUAGAUAUACAUUUUUAAACCUCCAAAGUUUUAUUUUUUAAUUAAUUUUAAACUAUUUAGAGGAGGACCAUUACCACAAUGACAGUCAGUCACAAACUAUGCGCACUUCUAGUUUUCUCCAUAACAGCAUGCAGCCAUUUUGAGCCUGCCCUCAGCUUUGCCCACUGUGGGCAUCUGCCUCAGGUCAUAGACAGUAAAGUGGGAGAGAUCAGGAGUUCUGCUUACCACAGCUGGUCCUACCGCUUUGGCUCAACUUAUGACUGCUGGGUCAUCAAAGGUUCAGACAAGGAACCCAUCGUUCUCAGCUUCUCUCAGUUCUCAGCACGGUGUAAGAAGGAAUGGGUUUCUAUAAAAUCGUCAACUGGGGGUGAGCCACUUGUUCUUUGUGGCUCCAAGCUGCCACAGCCAUUGGAGUUCCCAGGGGGAAAUAUUACGGUGGUGCACCAUUUUCUCCCGCACCUGUUCCCAGUGUCGUCGUUUCUACUAAACUAUGCCAGAGACUCAGGCGACUGCCCACAGACCUCUUUUAAAUGCCUCGGGGGUCGGUGCCUCCCCCUCUCCUGGCGCUGUAACGGGCAGGUAGAGUGUCUUGGUGAAGGCAUCGGCACGGAUGAACUGGGCUGUGAUGACGACAUGGACUACAUCCACCCAAUAACUGAGGCUGUGUCAUCUUCAGAUAUGAACAAUGAUUGGAACUUAGGGAGACCUAAAGUCACUGAGAAAACUCAGAGCUCAGUUAGACCAACUGAUGGGUAUGCUUACAGGGAUUUCUGGUUCCCGGAGAGUGAGAAGGAUAGAACAGAUCAAGAGCAGCCUGUGACGCAAAAGAAGCUUACUGUGACUCCCACUCCCAUUGAGUGGCCUUGCGGGGGGCUUCUUCAGACCUUUUAUGGGACCUUCUCCCCUCCAUCCUCGCGUGGUCUUAGGCAGUUCUGUGUUUGGACUCUGGACCCUCAGGACUCCAGGCCACUAAGAUUGGACCUGCAGCAGCUGACCCUGGGGUCAGGGGAUAGGCUCACCAUCUACAACAGAGAGGAAGGCAAAGGAGACAUUAUCAAAAAUAUCACCAGUGCAUCCAAUUACAAGCCAGUCCAAGUUGAGUCCCACACUGGUGUGCUGUCUCUAGCUUAUGAGAGACUUCCUGGCUCGAUGGGGAGCGGUUUUAAGGCUACAUUCCAUGUAGGCACUUACUGUCCUCCAUGGGAAGGUCGGUGUGGAGGAGCAGCAGGAGGUUGCUUUACCCAGGAGCAGCGCUGUGAUGGGAGAUGGGACUGUUCUGAGACUGGGAAGGAUGAGCAAGGUUGUGGGGGCUGCAGCCAGAACCAGUUUGCAUGCGGAGUGGCCGGACAGAGAGCAGCGGUGUCCAACCAUUUUGCUGGCAGACCGCUGUGUUACGAGGUGACCAAGAGAUGUAACUACCAACUGGAGUGUGCUGAUGGCAGUGAUGAGAGGGACUGCACUGUGUGCCAGCCAGGGACCUUCCACUGUGACAGUGACAGGUGUGUGUUAGAGAGCUGGCGCUGUGACGGCCAGAUGGAUUGUAAAGACGGCACUGACGAGCUCAACUGCACCGUCAUGCUGCCCCGUAAGGUCAUUACAGCGGCAACAGUGGGCAGCCUUGUUUGUGGACUGUUGCUGGUCAUCGCCAUGGGCUGCACGUGUAAACUGUACUCGCUCAGGACCAGAGAAUAUAGCUUGUUUGCUCCAAUAAGCCGCCAGGAAGCAGAGUUGAUCCAGCAACAGGCUCCUCCCUCCUACGGUCAGCUGAUUGCCCAGGGAAUCAUCCCCCCAGUGGAGGAUUUCCCCACAGAAAACGCCAGUGAGACCUCCUCUCUUUCUCUGAGAGGAAUCCUUCAGCUUCUCCGUCAGGAUGCUGCCAACUCCCCACACCGCAGACGGAGGCCCCGAUUUGUCCGCCGGGCUGUUCGCCGCAUGAGGAGGUGGGGUCUGAUCCCUAGGCCUACCUCCAGGCCGACUCAAACCUCAAGCUCCAGCCAGCAGCAGUCGAACGCCGCUCCCGCUGGUCAGGAAGCAUCUAACUCCACGCCAACAAGCUCCUCGUCGGCCGUAGAGGCCGUCAACCAGCCAGUCCCUCAAAAACUUUGCCUAUUGGCUCAGACGGAGCAACAGCAGCAGGAAACGCUGCCUCCUCUAUUGCCACUGCCUCUGCCGUCUGUUGCCUCCCCACCUCCCCCUCCAUACGUUCCCCCGGCUUCACCCCUGGACACUCCCCAGACUCCUCCUGUUGCCAUCCCCCCUAGCAGCCCGUCUCUGGCCUCCAUCUUCCACACACUAGGCCUGAGUAUUUCCCUUUUCAGGGCUUCACCCUCUUCCUCCUCCACCAAUUCCAUGCCUCUUUCUGCCUCUCCUUCCUUCUCCUCCUCGUCGUCCUCCUCAGAUGACGAGGUGCUGCUCAUACCGUUGUCUGAAGACACCACGUCAGAAGAUGAUGUGCCCCUGCUUACCUGAAUGACUUCCUCACUCAGUAUCCCACACCUUUGCUGUAUCUCCCUUACACUUUAAUAACUGAAACCUAGUCUUUCCAUAUUUGUUUGAACUUAAGCACAGGAGCACCCUGCAACAAGACUCAUCCUCUCUGUGCAAGUCUGGUGCCUUUUUGAAAUUGUUUAGAUUUGGGUUUGUUGACGUUUGGAAUCAGGUAUUGGACUAUUGGUUUUAUUUCCCUAAAGUGAAGAUGAGACAUGGCUGGUGUAUGUUAAAAUGAACCAUUGUUGAGUAUUGGACGUGCACUUUACACUGGGCUGCACAGAGAAGGUAAACUUUUGCACAGACGGAUCUUCCCUAUCCAGAUACUGAGGCAGGCUACUGUCAGACUGAUUUGAGUUCUUAAGAUUGAAAUUAUUGUGUUUGUGUGACUGCAACUGUGUGAAUGCAACUGCAUUUUAGUCUUAUGUAGACAGUGGAGUAUGACUCUGGAUGUGAAUUGUCUCAGCAUACUUCUGCCACUUGCAUUCAGUCUGAUGUUGGAUCACAAAUAUUUUAUUGAAGGAAAAAAAAAAAGUAGUUUCCCCUAUUUAAGUGCCUUUUAAGGAGUUUCCUGUUAAUAGCUUGAGGAUAUUGACAAGUCCUGAAUACACACUGCACACAAAAACACACAAAGGCUCAUGUUUUCUUCACAUCCUAGCACGCAUCAACACAAUGGUGGUUUUAUUAUUACAUGAAAAAUGCAUGUUUACUCUGCAAACUGGCAAUAACCUUUUGGGACCCCUGUUUUAGUGCACAUUGAUUGCAAAGUAACUACGUGUUUAAGUACACAUAGGCAAACCUUUCCAAAUGAAUGAAUGUAAUCUAUAAAGGUAAAUGUUUCAACAGACAAUCUCUUUGGUGCCUGAUUUUUAUGAUUUGUGUGUGUAGUGUGGGGCAGGAAGAUGAGGUGCCCUAAUGAUGAAAAGGGGCCCCAAAAUUCACAGAAUAACCUCAACUUCUGAUGGGACUCGAAUGCUUUGUCACCUUUGACGCAACAGACUUGUGGUGUGCCAUUUGUAUUAUUAUCAUACAUGUUAUGUUUUUAUUUCAACUAGCUGCAUAUCUUUUUCUUUAAAGUUCUUUUUGCUUUGUUGAAUGUAUUAGGAUCUAUGUGGAGUAGCCAGAAAUUUUUAAUUUGCAAAGUAAUGAAGAAAUAAAAGGA